GGUGAGAACAGCAACGAGCGCGAUGGCCCGGGAGGAAGCGGCGGAGAGACAGAACGCAAGCCAGAUCGGGCCACAUUCGAAUGCAACAUUUGUUUGGACACAGCAAGGGACGCUGUCAUCAGUUUGUGCGGGCACUUGUUCUGGUACGAGGCGGGGAUCCUUUUGAUCAAUCGUCGAGUAGGGAAUGUUGUAUGCUGCUAGCAGCUUGCUUACAUACCUAGUCAUCUGGCAUUGCCUUGUUUAUCUUUUCUAACAAAUUCCAGCUAGCCUGUUUCUCUACGAUAACAAGCUGGUGGUUUGUUGGUUCACACCCAUACGUCGAUGACAAAUGCAUGCACAAGGCUUAUUUUUAUAUAGUUAAAUGUUAGCUAGCUAAAAAGCAAGAUGGCUAACUUGGAGGUCUAGUUAAUAGCGAACGUUAAUCAUGAAUGAGUAUUGUUGGUUGGCUGAGCUUCAUACAUUAGCCAACCCAUCGAAAUAAAGUGCAUUUGAAAAUGGUGUAUGCUCAUCACCUCAUGCCUUUACAAAAAUGUUCGCACAUUUUAUUAAUAUUAAUUAAAUGUACAGUUUGUUACAUUUUAUGUUUUUUUGUGUGAUAUGAAAGUAGAGUGGUUUAUGUUUCUAGAACAUUACCGCAAUUGAGAAUCGAUUCACUUUUAGAUGGAGUAUUUAGCUGUUUUGGCUUCCAGAACUUAUUCGCUUUUCUGAGGGCCAGUCUCUUUAUCUUACGUUCCACUCCUUGCCAUGGGCACAUGGCAUGGAGUACACGGAGUGGAUUAGCUAAAGAGACUAGUUAGUACCCAGGCUACCAAUUCGCCGCUAAACAGAAUAUGUAAGGUGAUUGGUCUAUAAGGAGUAACGUUAGGCUUCUUUAGUCCAUUAUUGGAAGUUGCCUAGCCAUCAGCAUCUUGCCAAAAUCAUUCUUAUGGAAUUUGAUUCAUGUCCCAUUCCAGCUUCGCCUGUGCGCCAGCUACAGCAACAUUAUAUCAAUCUGACGUUUGCAAUGUAACAGUGAAUGCCUCUCUGGUACACACCUGGUUGCUGCAUGGAACUCAAGUCAGUGUUUGAGUUUCUGCGUUGGGUGUAUUAAUAACUAUUAGACACUGCGCAAUGGAUAACUUUGGUGACUCACACUAAACAAUCAUUGAUUUUUACUAAGCACGUGUCAUCACUGAUUUAGAUUUUCCCAAUAUUGCCACCUGAAUCAUGUAUUACAAACGGCAGGCGUUGACCUUCAAGUUUCUGCAAAGUUGUUGGCUACAGUUGCAUUGUUUGUAAUGUAAACAUGCAUGCAUUGACUCAUUCGUGUGGAGUUCAGUUACAUCUCCGGGGUUAAGAGUGGGAUUGGUGUCAGAGGCACUGUCACUAUAGAGGAGUAAGAUAAGACUGUCCUUGACAGAAAAAACUCUCCAGUCCAGAUGAUCAAUGAGACUUGAUGGAACACAUAUUACUGAACUGAAAAAUAUAACUAGAUAUUUUAUGUAUACUGAACAAAAUAUAAACGCAACAAUUUCAAUUAUUUUACUGAGUUAGUUCAUAUAAGGAAAUCAGUCGAUUUAAAUAAUUUCAUUAUGCUCUUAUCUAUGGAUUUCAAAUGACUGGGCAGGGGUGCAGCCGUGGGUGUUUCUGGGAGGACAUAGGCCCACCAACUGGGGAGCCUAGACCAGCCAAUCAGAAUGAGUUUUUCCCCACAAAAGGGUUUUAUUCCAGCCAGAAAUACUCCUAAUUUUCAUCAGCUGUCGGGUUGACUAGUCUCAGACGAUCCUGCAGGUGAAGAAGACGGAAGUGGAGGUCCUGGGCUUUAUUUAUGCGAGGCGAGACUGUGCUAACGAGCGAUGACCAAUGGAGCUAAUUAACAUUAGUGAUGGGGAGCCCGGAUGAUUUUAAUCACUCACAUCGUUAAGGUCAGAACAGGGUAACCAGAUGCGUCCUGUAGGUGGGGGGGCCUACUGGAAAAUAAGCUGGCCCUGCCUUCAUCAAUGGUUGGAGACGCGACCCAGCCAACAGCAGUGUCCUGUGUGUAAAGCAGGCAUCAGCAGAGAGAAAGUCAUCCCCCUCUACGGCAGAGGGAGCUCCAGCCAAGAGGACCCCAGGUUGAAAACCCCGCCUCGUCCUCCGGGACAGAGAACAGAGCCAGAGAGCAGAGGGCCCUUCCAGGGGUUCGGGGACAAUGGCUUCCACAUGUCCUUUGGGAUCGGUGCUUUCCCUUUCGGCUUCUUCACCACAGUCUUCAACACCAAUGACCCCUACCACAGAGCAGACGCAUAUGCAGCCGAUCACCAAGGCAACGGCAACAACUGGCAGGACUCUCUCUUCCUGUUCGUGGCCAUAUUCUUCUUCUUCUGGCUGCUGAGCGUGUAAGGGAGAGGGAGGGAAAGGAAAGGUGCUCACACUCAUACACACGUCAAAACACCAGAAAUGACAGACUUACUCAAUAGUGGCUGAGUGUCUGUGGGUUUAUGCUCUUCCUUUGUACUUGAUUGAUGGAUUAAGGUCACUAAUUAGGAAAAAACUCCCCUCACCUGCUGUCUAGGUCUUUAUUUAAAGGAAACAAAAACCAGAAGACACCAGGCCCUCCAUGAAAUAUGACACCUCUGCUUUAGACUAUAGAUGGGUGGUGGUGGGAUGACUGGCAGUUCACUCUUAGCAAGAGAUAUCUAGUUCAGGAAACACAAACCAGUCAAAGAUUUGUGUAUCCAAAUGAUUUACGAGACUCACUUGGAUAGGGAGAGUACACAGACACCACUCUGGUGGUGGAUGAUACCCAAGCGUGAGGGUGAGUAAAACGAAGACACUAUCGCCCUCUUUCUGUGGAAUUUGUACAUAAAUGCGCACACACACACACAGGGGUGGGGGCUGGCUGACUCUUUUUUUUUAGGGAUGGGACUGGUGGAUAGUCAAAAUGAAAUGAUUGGAAUGAUUUAAUAGUAAAUUAGGGGAUGAUCUAAGUAAUUUUACUGCACCACAAAACCUAUGUAAUAUGUGGUUAACGUAGAACUAUUUAGACAAAAUGGAAUUAUUGUUUUUGCCCCUUGAAGGAAUUUCAGGUUUAAUUCCCCAAAUAUUAGAGCUUGUUUGAGUUUUAAGGGAGGGUGAGAAUGGGAUUUACCUGAUAACAUCGAUGUUUUUCUUUAAUCACUAUAGCCACUUUUUUUCCAAGCCAAAGAAUAACGUAUCACCGUCAAGUACAAUUUGGGGAAAAUGUAUUUGGAUAUUCCUGUUUACAAUUUAACCGAUUAAAUAAUUUGUCCGUAGAUUUACGAACCAAAUGUAUGAAUAUUCUUUAGACUAGUGUACAGAUGGAUACACUAACAACUUUAUAUAUAAUCUUAAACUGCCAUUGCACUGUGAAGUCAUAUAGAGAAGACAGACCUAAUAAUGUGGAUUAGAGCUACAGUGUAUUCAGACCCCUUCACCUUUUUCACAAUUUGUUACAGCCUUGUUCUAAAAUAGAUUCAAUUAUUUUUCUCAAUCUACAGUCGUGGCCAAAAGUUUUGAGAAUGACACAAUUAUUAAUUUUCAAAGUUUGCUGCUUCA